UUGAGAUACGCCCCUAGGCAUCCACAUCGACACAGUCGUGCAGUGCGUCGGCCCAAUCAGGAGCCCUGCUUAUCGUGAGUGCGCAGUAAUGGCCGAACAUGAGUAGUACAUGAGGCGCGGUCCGACUUGCACGCGACGCGAGUGAGCGAGGGAGACUGGUCCCACGGUGGUGUAUGACUUCCCGGAUCAGUACCCGCAAGAAUUCCCGCGCCAGACGCAUCGUGCGCAUAUCUGCGUGCGGUAACCUGCAUAUGUCGCACUAGUUACAGCACCACUGCCUUUGUAAUCCUCUGAACCAUUCCCAUCGCGCCUUCACCACGGGGGAUGGACUGCCUGAUCAGAUCCGCCAGGCGAGGCGGGCGAACUCGUUUUCAAGCUUUGUCUUCUCUCGUCCACUCGUAUUAUUCCACGUGGCAUCAUCGGAUCCAUCCAGUCCUGGGAUCACAAGAGGGGGAGCGAGGAUUUCCUUCUCCUCCUGCAGCAGCAGCAGCAGCAGGAGCAGGAUCAUCCCGCGGUCUAUUGCUCCGAGGUCUCGCAUCGUCAAGUCCGACAAGAAUUGCAAGCCACGCUGCCGUCCACGCUGCCGCGCUGGCACGCGACUCUUCUCGAGCCAUCCUCGCUUAUGAGGAGCUCGUUAUAGGGCCGACCGGUUCAUCCGUUGAUUUCAAGAGCACCACCACCAAUGGGACCGCGACAGCUGUCAUCGUCCACGGCCUGCUGGGCUCCGGCCGCAACUGGCGCGGCCCCGCGAAGCUUCUCGGAAAGCGGCUGGUUACUGCCAGCACUUCUAGCAGCUCAGCUGACCAGUCAGCAAGUGGGCUUUCUUGGCGUUUUCUGCUGGUGGAUCUGCGUCACCACGCGCAGUCUGCCGCGCGGCAGUUCCCUCAGCCUGAUGACAUGAGCCACGCCGCUGCUGACCUGGCGCGCCUGGUUGCUGACGUGGCAGGCGGCAGAGCUGACGUGGUGAUUGGUCACUCCAUGGGCGGGAAGAUUGCGCUGGAGUAUGUGAGGAGAGCUGGUGCGGGGGAACUGCCAGUGAUGCUGCCUCAACAGCUCUGGGUGUUGGACUCGGUGCCGGGCCGCAUAUCAGAGUGCACGCUGGGGGAGGAUGCCGAGAGGAGAGACGUUGAGAGAGUGAUUGCCACCCUGCAGGAACUGCCUCGCCCCAUCCCAUCCAAACGGUGGCUCCUGGAGGAGCUGACUCAGCGCCGAGGCUUCACUUCAGGCUUGGCAGAGUGGCUUGCGACGAGCCUCAGGCCUGUAGCUGGUUCGGGUGGUCCAGGUAGCCCGGGCGCUGCUGGUGCCUCUGCGAACGGGGAGAUGGAGUGGGUGUUCAACCUUGAUGGGGCCGUGUCGCUCUACAACAGCUACAGGCAAACGGAUCUGCUACCCUUUGUGAGGAAUAUGUGUGGUCGGCCACAUGAGGAGGAGCAACUCCCUUUACAAGCACCUCCACUAGAGUCACAUAUUUCACAGUCAAAUGGGCUCAAGCAAGGGGCGGUUCCUGCGGAGAUCCAUACAGGUCCCAAAUUUGGAAGGCGGGGAACGGUUGAGGGGGUUAAGUGGGGAUUGGUGAAGCAGCCAUGGCACCAGCCCAUGCAGACACAGGAGCGGCAGCAACAACAAGGGCAACAACAGGCGGUAGGAGAAUGUGUGGGUAAGCAGUUGAGGCGCGGUUGCACGCAGGUGCAUUUUGUGAAAGGGGAGAGGAGCGGAGUGUGGAAGUCCAAGUGCCUUGCUGACCUGGAGGCGGCUGUUGUUGAGUCAGCCAAGUGCCAAGGAGACAGGGCCGAUUCGGUGAACAUCCAGAGCAAACGGGGCGAAAAAGAAGGUUGCAGAGCGUAUAUGCAUGUUUUGAAGGGAGCUGGGCAUUGGGUGCACGUGGACAAUCCAAUGGGCCUUGUGGAUCUGAUGGGAAAACACAUGAGAGAGGUUGUGGUCUAGAAAUGUUUGCAGUGGCAACAAUUUGAGGAAAUGUGUAACAUUGUUUUUUUUGUGAAGAAUGC